CCGAGGGACCGCCAGGGGGCGCCGGCGACCCGGCAGGCGUCAUGGCGGAGGCCCGGGUGCUGCUGUUGCUGUCGGGGCGCCGGGUACCCGCGGGCUUCGCGCAGAGCCUGUGCGGCCGCCUUGGGACGGGGCAUGGCCACGGGCCGUGGCCCACGCACUGCGGCCUGGAGCGGGGACGGCUCGUCCUCUCCGACAAGCCAUUUCCGGGCGUCUCGGCCCUGCUUCCACUCCAGCGACCCCCUUUCUGCCCUUUUGCGGCCCUGAACCAGCAGUCCAGGGUCGGGGUCGCCCUGCCUGGGAACAGAGGCGUGGACCUGGCUGUGGCCGUCCUCCUGCAGUCCAGUGACCGGAAGGUCUUGCUGACCAGAAGGACUCGCACCCUCAAGGUUUCCCCAAACCUCUGGGUACCCCCAGGUGGACAAGUAGAACCAGAGGAAGAGCUGCUGGACGGAGGGCUCCGAGAGCUGCGAGAGGAAAGUGGACUAUGUCUUCCCCAUGGCCAGUUCUCCUGGGUGCCGCUGGGGUUGUGGGAGUCUGCCUACCCUCCCCGGCUGAGCUGGGGUUUUCCCACAUGUCAUCACCUGGUACUCUAUCUGCUUGUUAUCUCCCCGGAGUCACAGCAGCAGCUGCAGGCAAGAAUCCAACCAAACCCACAUGAGGUGAGUGCCUUCGCGUGGCUGAAACCAGGUGUAGCAGCUGCGGUUGCUGCCACAGAGAGCACAGAGAGUGGGACAGAAACACUGAGCUCUCUCCCCCAGGACCUGCCACCCUCUGUCCCUGCCGUCGAAUUAGAGAAUGGAGAAGCCAGGCCUCUGGCCCUGCCCACAACCACCCUGCUUCGAACAACCCCAACCACCACAGAGGACAAAGAGAGGGUCAGCACUGGAACCAAGUUUGCCCUUGGGCUCUGGCUGCAAUAUCUGGCCAGGUGCAAGUGAGCUCGUGUGAAUACCAGGACAGUAAAGGAAGAAGACAACCCCUCAAACCAGGGCACUGGAGAGUGAAG